AAUAUUUUUGCAUUUGCCGCUAACAUGGAAACAUUUUAGCGCUCUUGAAAAUAAAAGUCGCCACAUGCGAAUUUACCAAAUUAGACAUGGCACUGAGUUAGUAUUACGAAUCAGCCCUAAACACUCUCCCAAAACCCAACACCAACACCACACCGCAAACCACAAAUCCCUAACUAUAACAAUGCCGGAGUCGGAGGAGCCACGCGCCGCCGACGGAGACGGCGAGGCCACCGUACAAACGGAGGAGCCGUACCUGAAUGACGAAAAUGCCCCCGAGAAACCUCUGGUUCCUGAGGCAGGUGCUCCUCCUAUGUCGAAGAAUGCGCAGAAGAAGUUAGCGAAGAUGCAGAGGUGGGAGGCGAGGAAGGCGGAGAAGAAGGCGCAGGCGAAGGAGCAGAGGAAGAUGGAGGUGGAGAGGAAGCGGAGGGAGUGGGAGGAGAGGCUGGCGGCGAUGGCGACGGAGGAGGAGAAGGAGAAGCUGUUGGAGUCGCGGAGGAGCCUCCGCAAGGAGAGGAUGGAGCAGAGGUCGAGAGAGAAGGAUGAGAAGAGAGAGAGACUCUGUGGAGCCAGGGAGAAUGGCCAAAACGUCGUCGUUGACCUCGAGUUCGCUCACCUCAUGAACCCUAACGAAAUCCACAGCCUCGUUCAACAGAUAAUGUAUUGCUAUGCAGUGAAUGGGAGGUGCUCUUCCCCUGCCCAUCUUUGGCUGACUGGGUGCAGUGGAGAGAUGGAUGACCAAUUACAAAGGAUCCCUGGAUUUGAUAAGUGGAUAAUUGAGAAGGAAGCGAAAUCCUACAUCGAAGCCUUGCAAGAUCGUAAGGAGAAUUUGGUAUAUCUCACUGCAGAUUCAGACACUGUUCUUGAAGAACUUGAUCUGAAGAAGGUAUAUAUUAUUGGUGGCUUAGUGGAUAGGAAUCGGUGGAAGGGGAUAACCAUGAAGAAAGCAGAAGAACAAGGAAUCCAAACAGCUAAGCUCCCAAUUGGAAAUUUCAUGAAGAUGUCUAGUUCUCAGGUUCUUACUGUGAAUCAAGUGUUGGAAAUACUACUGAAGUUCCUGGAGACAAGGGAUUGGAAAACAUCUUUCUUUGCCGUUAUCCCUCAAAGGAAAAGAUGUCAAGGUGAUGCAGAAGAAAAUGCAGAAGCAGAAGAUACAUUAGAAGAAGAUGACCAAAAGGAUGAUGAAAAGGCAAGUAAAAAGAAAUGUGUUGAGGAGGAACCUUGUAAUUGUUAGAAAUUUAGAAUCGUCACCAGCUUAGAGUGUCUCACCAUAUCUGUUCCGGUCAUUGCACGGAGUGGUACCUCUUGCAAGUUGAAUCUAACAUAUAAAUACACAAAUUUCAUAUCAGUGUUUUCACUUUUCACUGCCUUCAAUUCUGACAUAAUGAAUUAGCAUAAUUUUUUGUAUUUUAUUUUCUUAAAAAUUGUUGCUGGAUGCUCCAUCAAGAGUGAUAUCCAUGAUGUACUUUGAAGAAACCUACCUCCCUGAUGACUAUUGAACUCAGGACUGUUCUUGGCUUUUGGAUAAUUGGAUUCAUUUCCAGUAGUUGUCAAUUAUGAUGGAAAAUUGGAAAUGAGUGACUGGAUCAUCUACCUUUGAACUGUUUUGUUUGAUUCAGCACUCAAUUCUUUCUAUGACUGAACCUUUUUAUCAUCUACCUUAUUUUUCUACAAAAUAAGGUUUACUGGAAACUCAGAGUAAGAAUUUAUUGUAUC